UUGAAAACUUUUGGAGAAACCCGAGUGGAUCCACAGAUCAACGAACACGUUCGCAGGGAAAUGGAGCUCCACAGCCGGCCGGUCCAACUGUAGUAGGACAGCACAGAAGGCCCAGUUAACCGGGCCCUCGUGGUGCUGCUGGUGCUGAUGGUGGGUCUCCUCCUGCACAGUACAGUGCUUAGAGCCUCCACUCGGCCCAAACUCUCAGAUCACUGGAAGAGCCUCGGAAGCGCAGCGCGAGUUCCUGCAGCGAGAGUUCCCGCAGCGAGAGUGUCAGAGGCGGAUAAUGUCGUCCCCGUCCUGAUAUGCGCAUCGGAGGAGCGCAUCGGUGCAACCAUGGCGGUCAUCAACAGCAUCUACAGCAACACAGACGCCAGUGUGUUCUUCUAUAUUGUCACUCUUCGCGAAGCCGUGAAACUGACGAGACAGUACAUAGUGAAGACUAAACUGAAAGGCAUCAAAUAUAAGAUAUUGGAAUUCAACCCCAUGGUUCUGAAAGGAAAAGUGAAGCCUGAUUCCUCUCGACCCGAACUGCUACAUCCACUCAACUUUGUGCGCUUUUACCUGCCCCUGCUUGACAUCAACCAUAAGAGGGUGAUAUACCUAGACGAUGAUGUCAUUGUGCAGGGCGACAUCAAGGAUCUGUUCAAUAUGAAGCUGAAGCCGGGUCAUGCUGCUGCUUUCUCCACCGACUGCGACCUGCCCUCCACACAUGAGAUGGUGCGCAGCAUCGGCAUGCAGACAACCUACAUGGGCUUCCUGGACUAUAGGAAAGAGGAAGUUAGAGACCUGGGCAUCGACCCCAGAGAAUGCUCUUUCAACCCUGGAGUGUUUGUGGCAGAUGUCAAUGAAUGGAAGAAACAGAAGAUCACCAAACAGUUGGAGAAAUGGAUGGAGGAGAAUUUCCGGCACAACAUAUACAGCAGUGCAAUGGCAGGAGGCGUGGCGACUCCACCCAUGUUAAUAGUGUUUCAUGACAAAUACACAACACUGGACCCGUUGUGGCACGUCAGACACAUGGGCUGGAGUCCAGAUGCCCGCUAUUCAGAGAGCUUCCUGGAGGAGGCGCGCCUACUGCACUGGAACGGUCCUUUUAAACCAUGGCAUUAUCCUGCUGUUCACUUGGAUCUGUGGGAGAGGUGGUUUAUCCCAGACCCCUCCAGCAGGUUCUCCUUGGCACGACCUGAGAGCGACAGCUGAGGUCUGUGGGACAUGUCUUAGCGUCAGGUAGACAUGAAGCAUGUGAAGUUCAGGACUUAAUUGAGCAGUGGCGGAAGGUGUACUGCCAAAUGUACGGAGAAUGUAAUGCAGAGGAAUGCAAUGCUCUAUGUAUUAAGCCUACGUAAGCUAAAUACACAAAAUGUUAUUAGUCCGUUAUCUACAGCAAGUGAUGGAUACCUGUAAAGAUAUUAGAAUAUAACUUCUAGGAAUGUGUUGAAAGUGAAAAUGAGAAACUCGUAACACUGACAAGAGUUUAGAGUCUUUGUAAAUUGUGUUAAGCAAGAGAAAAUGUCUUUCCAUGCGAACAUGAAAUAAAUCUUCAGAACUCUAAUUUUCAGUCUCAUCUUUGCUGGGACUUUAAUGCUUCAAAUAAGGCAUUGAAAUAUUGAGGUAAUACAUAACUGUGUCCUGUUACUACAGCUAUAUUACUGAUCAUUUGGCUUAAGUUUCUGGACAUCGUUGAGACAGGAAAUAAUACCGGCAAA